AUGCAUAAAAAACUGGAAAAUCGUUUGGUUGCAGCAGAGAUGAGAUAUUUGCGGAAAAUUGCUGGGAAAACUCGAAGAGAUCACAUCAGAAGCACCAUGGUGAGAGACGAGCUUCAGCAGGAAUCAAUAAUGGAUAUCGUUGAGAGGAGAGCGCUGGGCUGGGUUGGUCAUCUAGUAAGAAUGGAGGAUGGAAGGAAGGCAAAGCAGGUGUGGCAAGCCAGGCCAAUAGGAAGAAGAACACGAGGAAGGCCACGGAUUGAAUGGGAGGAGUACAUCAUGGGACUGAUCGGGAAGCGAGGGAAGACCCUCGGUGAUGUGCGGAGAAUAGCGCGUGAUCGAAGGAACUUCAAUAAGUGGCUGAAAUGCCCCGACGCUUAG